CACCAAGCCGCUUGGAGGCUGGAGCCGAACACGUAUAAAAGAUGCGGUGUCACGGACGCCUCGUCGGUGUGCCCUCCACGUCCACCUCCACCGCCUCUCCCCGUGCUCGUCUCCUUCCCGCCUAUUUAAACCCCUCUCCGCUCCCUCAAUGCUCUCGUCGCAUUCCCUCUUUCUUGCCCUCAAUCCCCCCGGCUCUCAUCCCUCUUCUUUUCUCCGCCCUCGAUUUCUUUUCCAACCUCGACCCCAAAUCUCUCCCCCAUUCGAGCUCCCUCCUGUCGGGAGUUUGAGAUCGACGAGGCGGCGGCGGUUCUGCGAUCCGAUCAGGGCUUCGACGGCGGCGAAGGGGAUGGGGACCGUGGACGCCGUGGCGGAGGCCGAGAUGCAGCGGUUCGUGGAGGUGGCCAACAAGGUGGCCGACGCCGCCGGAGAGGUCCUCCGGAAGUACUUCCGCCAGAGCUUCGAGAUCCUCGACAAGGAGGACCUCAGUCCUGUGACAAUUGCGGAUAGGGAUGCGGAGGAGUCGAUGGUUUCGAUUAUAUCGGAGAAUUUUCCUUCCCAUGCAAUUUUCGGAGAGGAGAAUGGUUGGACGUGUACGGACAAGGCGGCUGAUUAUGUUUGGGUUUUGGACCCGAUUGAUGGCACGAAGAGCUUCAUUACUGGAAAACCUUUAUUCGGCACGCUUAUUGCUCUUCUCCACAAGGGAAAACCGAUCAUUGGCAUUAUCGAUCAACCUGUUUUAAGAGAGAGAUGGAUUGGGAUGGAUGGGAGAAGAACAACAUUGAAUGGACGGGAAGUUUCUACACGCACUUGUAGCAAAAUUUCCCAAGCCUACUUGUAUACAACAAGUCCACAUCUCUUCAGUGGGGAUGCUGAAGAAGCUUUUGUCCGUGUAAGAAAUAAGGUGAAAGUACCAUUGUAUGGCUGUGAUUGUUAUGCGUAUGCGCUUUUAGCUUCUGGAUUCGUCGAUCUUGUUGUGGAGUCUGGUCUUAAGCCCUAUGAUUUUCUCUCCUUGGUACCAGUGAUAGAAGGAGCUGGUGGAUCGAUAACUGAUUGGAAAGGGCAUAAGCUUCACUGGGAGGCCUCUCCUGAAUCACGCCCAACAAGUUUUAACGUGGUAGCCGCAGGAGACUCCCAGGUUCACAAAGAGGCAUUGGACGUACUACAAUGGCAGUAACCUCCUCUUCUGGUAAAGCCUAAAAGCUCUCAAUGGCUUCAGUAAAUGUAGUAUCCGAAUGGAAGGGUGAUCUCAAGGGUUAAAUAAGUAUGUUAUCCAACUUGUGUAGAAUUGUUCUGUGUAAGAUGAAUGAUAAAAGAAGCAGGCAAUGCCCUGCUACUGAAUUUUCUGUUUCUUUUUGGAUAAUUUCCAAGUUAAUUCUAAGUUAUGCCGGUACAAAAUCAGUACCAAAUAGUCUGUCACGUUGAUGCUCUUGUACAAGUUUACAUUGAAACAAAAACUUUUGAGAUCUUAUAUUUUAUUUAAAAA